AUGCAAGAGAUGUUUUCAAUGUAUAUUGAAAAUCAGAGUCAACUCGCGUUCAUCGAGUUGUAUGUUGAGUUCGAGCAAUCUGAGGCCGACCGGAAUAUUCUACGGAAAGAUUACAAUAGCGACAGCGAAGAAGAGUUCGAAAGAAACUACGAAGUUGUUGGUCCAGAUGGAGAUGACGAUCAAGGUGACGGACCUAUGGCUUCGGAUGUGUCAGAUGUGGCAAAUGCGUUGGCAAACGAAGUGCCGUUUGAGGAGCCAUCAUUUAUGCGAGUUUUGAAUUUGGAAGCCAUGCAUGUUCCGAAGUUUCCGGAUUAUAACAGUGCAGAAAUUCCGUUUGUCGCAGAUGGUAAAUUUGCUGUUGGGAUGGAAUUCAGUUCAAGGGAAGCUGUUAUUCAGGCGAUAAAAGAGUAUACCAUACGAAGAAGCGUAGACUACCAGGUAUAUGAAUCUGAGCCGUUGACAUUUUAUGCCAAGUGUACACAGUAUGGGUCAGGGUGUGAUUGGCUUAUCCGGGUUAGCAUGAUCAGCCGGAAGUACUGUUGGGUUAUAAGGAGGUAUAAUGGCAGUCACACAUGCACCAGAGCAACAAUUUCUCAGGAUCAUUCGAAGUUGGAAUCAAAUACAAUUGCAGAAGCAAUAAAGCCAUUGGUUGAGGCUGACCCCUCCUUAAAGGUAAAAUCGGUUAUAGCAGAGGUGCAAUCGAAGUUCAACUACACCGUUAGUUAUCGGAAAGCAUGGUUGGCUAAGCAAAAGGCAGUGGAAAAAAUAUUUGGAGGCUGGGAAGCAUCGUACGAAGCCUUGCCUAUAUGGUUUGGGGCCAUGUGUCAUAAGGAGCCAUCAGCUGUUGUUCAUUUUGAGACUAUGCCUGCAUAUCAAGGUGAUGACUUGGUGGCUGACAUUCGGGUAUUGCAUCGAGUCUUUUGGAGUUAUUACCCCUGCAUUAGAGCAUUCAGACAUUGUAAGCCAGUUGUCCAGGUGGAUGGGACACACUUGUAUGGAAAGUACAAGGGUUGUCUACUAGUGGCAGUUUCACAAGAUGGCAACAACAAUAUCAUCCCAAUUGCAUUUGCUAUUGUGGAGGGAGAGACUUCUGAUGCAUGGUACUUUUUCCUUAGUAACCUUCGUCAGCAUGUUGUAACUCGGGAUGGUGUGGGACUGAUAUCCGACCGCCAUGAAUCCAUAAAUGCCGCUGUGGAAUGGAGUAAUGGUGCUUGGUCACCUCCAAGAGCUUUCCAUAUGUUUUGCAUCAGACAUAUAGAAUCGAAUUUUCUGAGGAAAUUCAAGGCCCUGUACUUGCAGAAACUGGUCGUCAAUUUAGGAUACUCGAGGACGGUGCGGGAGUAUGAAGUUCGCUACCAACGUUUACGAGAACGGGGCGAGGCCUACACGAACUGGUUAAAUCGAAUCCCCCGCGAACAGUACACGUUGGCUUUUGAUGGUGGGUAUCGAUGGGGGCAUAUGACGACAAAUCUAGUGGAAUGCAUCAACUCAGUAUUGAAGGGUGCUCGCAAUCUACCCGUCACUGCCCUUGUGAAGGCAACAUUUUACAGGCUUAACGAGUUGUUCACACGAAAAAGGGCGGAGGCGGAAGCCCGGAUUAAUGCUGGGCAUGUGUUUUCUGAAGUUGUCACCUCGAAGUUGCAUGCAAACCAACUUGCAUCAGGAAACAUACAGGUUAGUUGCUUUGACCGGCUGAAUGAGGUAUUUGAGGUACGUGAGAUGCCUAGUGGACUGGAGUUUGCAGUCGACCUACGAGGCCUUCGAUGUGACUGUGGUGAGUUCCAGAUGGACCAAGUUCGACAUGUGUACCAAGCAAGGUUUAGGCCACUAGGUAACCCGACUACAUGGCCUGGCUACAAUGGACCUCGGUUCAUACCAAAUCCAUUCCUGAGACGAGUGACAAAAGGCCGAGCCAGAAUGACGCGCUUCUUGAAUGAGAUGGACAAGCGUAUGUUACGUCGGCUUAGGCGAUGUACGCUUUGUGGAGCUGAGGGACACAGCCGUAGCAGAUGCCGUCGGUCCGGUGGUGCAAAUGCCGGCGGAAAUACUCAGUAG